CAAAUUGUGUCUUUAAACCCUCCGCCUCACGGUCAGUCUCUCAAUCCUCUCUCUGCUUAUAGCCUCACAACACUUCUCUCUCUCUCUGUAUUACAAGCACUUGCUCCAGUUCGAGUUCGCGCAACUCCUCCUUCGAGUUCUUCAACUCCCGACUUUAGUUUAGAUUAAACUAUUUUGCCGGAGUUAGAAAGCAUGGCCGCAGAUAAUGAGCCGGCGGUGAAGUCUCGUAAGACGCAAAGAAAAGAAGCUCGGUUAGUGAAGAAGAAGAAAAAGUUUGAUUCAUGGGUUGGACAUCAAAAAUCUCGAAAAGUGAAGAAAUUUUCUAAGAAUUCGAAGCGAGUACAUGUGAAAUUUCAGGACCAAACUGGUCAUAAGUUGGAUGAUGACAUGAGUACGUUACUGGAGGGUAUUCCUUCUGCUGUUGAUUCUUUAGAGAAAGAAGAAACCCUAUAUGCUGAAGAAUCUUCCAAAAAGAUCUUGAAUAAUGAAACUUCACGUAAGAAGCUUAAGAAAAGUAAGUCCAUAGAGCAAGAAGUAAUGGGUGAGGUGGCAAGUGACACUGUGGAUGGAGCAUCUGACCUAGUAGAUGCUGAUCGUGGGAAAAAUGAUGGCACAGAGCAGCCUACCAUGCCAAGCACAUCUACGAGUAAACUAGGUUCUACCUCACAGAAGAUGCUGAAGAAGAAAACGAAGUUUCAAGAGUAUCUUGAAAUGGAAAUGCAGGUAGGUGUUGUUUCAGCAGACGAAGAUUUGGCUUUGGAAAGAAAACUUGCAAAGAAACUCAAGUUGAAGGAAGGAAAAUUGCGGGGAGACGAUGAUGACAUGAAUGCGUUGUUUGAGGGAAUUCCAUCUGUUAUUGAUUCGUUCAAGGAUGGUGGUAAUUCAAAGGAUGAAGAAGUUCUCAUGAAGAGCCUUGAGAACAGUGCUUCACUUAAGAAACGUAAAAGGGUAAAGUCUUCAGGGCAAGGGCCACAAGUUGAGAUGGCAAGUAACACACUGGCCGGAGUAUCUGAACCAGUAAAAACUUCUGAUGCAGAGUUGGCUAUAAGAAAUGUUCCUAUCAAGGCACCUGCAUUGGAAAAGAGUGCCAAAUAUGUAGCUCCUCACCUGAGAUCCCGUGUGGGAAAUGAAUCAGAGGAGUACUAUCAAAUUCGUAAACAGAUACGAGGUCUUCUAAAUCGGCUGUCUGAAGCUAACAUGGAAUCAAUCACUGGGGAAAUGUCCAGGAUCUUCGGUGCUGUUAGUCGCAGUGCUGGUUCUCAGAUUAUCAGUGAAGAGAUUUUGGCAUCGUGCUCUGGUGGUCCUCGUGGCAAUGAACAGUAUGCUGCUGUCUUUGCAGCUUUUGUUGCUGGGAUGGCUUGUUUAGUUGGGAUGGACUUUGGUGCAAAGCUUCUUGCUUCACUUGCUAAAUGCUUUGAGGAUGAGUAUCUGGAAGGAGACAAUCUUUCCUUGAGAAACCUGACUCUUCUGGUAUCCUAUUUAUACAUGUUUGGAGUUUGCUCAAGUGAUUUGAUAUACGAUUUCUUGAUAAUGCUGAGCAAGCGGUUGAUGGAGAUUGAUGUGUCUACUAUCUUGACAACUUUACAAUGUUGUGGAAUGAAACUGAGGGCUGAUGAUCCUGCUGCCAUGAAAAACUUUAUUGUUAGUGUCCACAAUAGCGUUAAUGAAUUGAAGGCUGCCUCUGGAGAUGGCGAGUCAAAUUUGAGUGGCAAAAGAAUGGAGUUCAUGCUAGAAACCAUAUGCGAUAUCAAGAACAACAAAAAAAGGGCCAAAGAAGACACCGUGCAGCAUACCCGGAUAAAGAAAUGGCUGCAGAAGUUAAGAGUGGAUGAUAUUUUAAUUCGAGGGCUGAAAUGGAGUAAGCUUCUUAAUCCUGACAAGAAAGGGCAAUGGUGGCUGUGUGGGGAUAUGGCGUCGUCUACAGAAAAUAUUGAGGAGGUUGCCAGCACAAUUGACAGGCAAGUCCCUGAAGCCCAGAAAAUGCUGCAACUUGCUGCUUCACAGAGGAUGAACACAGAUGCAAGAAGGGCAAUCUUUUGUAUAAUAAUGAGUGGGGAGGACUACAUUGAUGCUUUUGAAAAACUUUUGAGGUUGGAUUUGCCAGUGAAGCAGGAUAGAGAAAUCAUGCGAGUUCUAGUGGAUUGCUGUCUACACGAGAAAGUCUUUAACAAGUACUACUGUGUUCUGGCUUCCAAGUUGUGCAGCCAUGACAAAAACCACAAGUUUACUUUACAGUUCUGCUUAUGGGACCAUUUCAAAGAAUUGGAGUCGAUGCAGCUGAUUAGAUCAAUGCACUUGUCAAAAUUUGUUGCGGAGAUGUUUGUGUCUUUUAGCCUCUCUCUUGCUGUCUUGAAGGCUGUGGAUCUAAGUGACACCAGACAACUAACUCCAAAAAAGAUUAUGCAUUUUCGAUUGCUAUUUGAGGCCGUCUUUGAGUUUCCAGAUAGGCUUGUUUGGAACAUAUUCACGCGCAUAGCUGUCACCCCCGAGUAUGAAACACUUCGAAACGGAAUCGUGUUUUUCGUCAGCAAGUAUGUUGUGAGUGACCAAAAAUCCUCUGGAGAAAAAUUUAAGAUUGCAAAGAGAGCUCUUAACAAUGUUGAAGGAGUCAUCCUGUGAGUUUGGUGAUCUGAAUUGGGUUAAUACUCCUAAUUCGCAUUCUGCAUGAAGAGGUUUGUUAUAUUUAUUUAUUUUUACAACUCUGUAAAAUAUUGGCCUUUCACAAUUCAUCGGCUUGGAAGAUAGAAUUUACUAAUUCCUACCCGUCGGCUCGGUUUUUUUUUUGGGAAAAUAGGAACAGCAAAGGUACUAUUUUUUCCUUUUUACAAUUAGUAGUUGGGAUACUAAAGUGAGAUUUAAAGAACACUAUAGAAACCAUUGACUUAUUUAGUUCUUAUUAAUAAGUGCAAGGUCAUUGGUUUUCUUAGAUGUCAUUGUUCUCUUGCACUAAUGCAAUCUUUGAGAAAGCUUUUGCACUAAGAUGUUCUACAUAUAGGGUGG